AUGGAAUACAAGGACCAGCAGCUGGUGGUGGCACUCCGAAUCCGCCCACUCAGCGACGUGGAGCUGCAGGACGGUGCCACCAUCAUCGCUCACAAACUGGGGGACCAGGUGCUGGUGCUCAUGGACCCCGGUGAGGACGUUGAGGACCCGCUGCGUGCCCACCGGUCCCGGGAGCGGGCCUUCAUCUUCGACACCGUGUUCGACCAGCAUGCCUCCCAGGAGGAGGUGUACCGUGCCACCACCCAGCAUCUGAUAGAAGGCGUCGUUUCUGGGUACAACGCAACUGUGUUUGCCUACGGUCCCUCAGGCGCAGGGAAGACCCACACCAUGCUGGGCAUGGACGCAGAGCCCGGCAUCUACCUGCAGACCCUCAGCGACCUCUUCCAGGCCAUCGAGGAGGGCCGCGAGGACGUGGACUGCAGUGUGUCUAUGUCCUAUUUCGAGAUCUAUAACGAGGUGAUUCGGGACCUGCUGAACCCAUCCUCAGGGUGUCUGGACCUGAGGGAAGACGCCAAGGGCAGCAUCCAGGUGGCAGGUGUCACGGAGGUCUCCACAUCCAACGCCCAGGAGAUCAUGCAGCUCCUCACCAAGGGCAACCGGCAACGCAUGCAGGAGUCCACGGCCACCAACAGGACGUCGUCACGCUCCCACGCCGUGCUGCAGGUCACCGUGCGUCAGCGCAGCCGUGCCAUGGACCUGGCCGAGGAAGUGCACGUCGGGAGGCUCUUCAUGGUGGACCUGGCGGGCUCGGAGCGGGCAGCCCAGGCCCAGAACCGCGGCAUGAGGAUGAAGGAAGGCGCGCACAUCAACCGCUCGCUGCUGGCGCUGGGCAACUGCAUCAACGCGCUCAGCCAGAGCGGCGGCCGCACGCAGUUUGUGAACUUCCGAGACAGCAAGCUCACGCGCCUGCUGAAGGACGCCCUGGGAGGGAACAGCCGCACGGUGAUGAUUGCCCACAUUAGCCCGGCCAGCACCUGCUUCGAGGAGUCGCGGACCACGCUGCUCUACGCCUACAGAGCCAAGAACAUCAAGACCAGGGUCAAACGCAACCUGAUGAACGUGUCCUAUCGCAUCGCGCAGUACACGGACGUCAUCUCGCGCCUGCGCAGGGAGAUCGAGCACCUCAAGUCCAGGAUCGAGAGAAAGAGCGGGCCUGCUGCCCAGGACGUGCAAGUGCUGCUCGUCCCCCCUGACCCGGAGGAGGACGGCCGGCUGCAGAUGAACAGGAUCCGGGCUCAGCUCGUUGGGGCCUUCCGGGAGCAGAAGGAGAUGCGGAGCAGCCUGUUGGAGCUGGAGAAUGCCAGCACUGAGCUGCACAUGGACAUGUCCCGCCACCUGCUGACCAUUGCUGACUGGGAGCGGGACAAGACCCACCUCCGUGCACACAGAGGACGCCAGGAGCCCGAGAAGGAUGAGGCGCCCACGGACGGGGAUGAGUCCAUGGAGCCACAUGAAGUGGCCCUGGCCAGGGAGGAGGUCAACCUGCUGCUGGCAGAGCAGCGGAAGACGGCAGCCCUCAAGGCAGGGCUGGAGCAGCGGCUGGCCCAGGCCAAGCAGAAGGUCUCGCAGAUGGAACAGCUGCUGCCGCAGCGCGUCACCAGCGAGGACCAGCGCGAGGUGUUGCGGCUGCUGUGCCGGGCACACGAGCUGGAGGUGGAGAACACGGAGCUGCAGGCCAGCAACAUGUGCCGCAAGAACCUGCUGUGCCAGAAGGACCUCAUCAUCCAGCGCUACCACCAGCACCGGCGCCUCUGCCAGCAGCUCGUGGAGGGGCAGCGGCGACUCCUGCAGGAGCACAGCAUCCCAGUGCCUGAGCACCUGGACAGGCGGUACUGCCUGUACUCACAGGAGCUGGGCGAGGGUGCCCUGGACCGCCUGCUGCUGCUGCACUCGGUGAUGGCCAGCUCCCUCCAGGAUGGCUCUGUGGUAUCUCCCCCACUGGGAGAAGCUGCCCCGGAGCAGCCCCCUGACCUGGAGGACCUCCCGUGGGCUGCCCAGUCUGAGCUGCCCCCAGUGCUGUUGGAGAGGAACAGCGCAGGCCCUGGCUCGCCGAAAGCCGCACCGUCCAAGAGGCUGGGCAGGCAGGAUUCCCUCCUGCCCCUGUCCUCCCUGCUCACACCUCCAGCACUCGAGAGGCCGGCCCUGCUGAACAGGAAGAACUUGGUCUGCAUGCUGCAGCCGGCGGCCAGCCCGGAGCUGAGCGCCUCUGCCCUCCAGGAGAUGGCUGAGGGCACCAAGGGCAUCGCCCUUCUCGCGGCCAGCCGGCGCUCCAAGGCGCAGGCCCAGGAGGGCGGCAGUGGCCAUUCCUCCCACCACCUCCUGGAGGAGGCAGCCCCAGAGCCCAGGGACCAGAAGCCCAGCACCAGCCCGGGUCUCAGCCCUGCCCCUGGGAGGCGACCCCGAGCCAGCCCCUGCAGGGAGCCCUCCAGGGGGGUGAAGGACAGCAGGGAGCAGUCAGCCUCCCUCCCCUGGAGCACGCAGCCGGCGGCCGUGGAGCAGCAGGGGCAGGGCCAGCCCUCUGCCGUGCCCACCCGGUCGCCCGGAAGGAGCUUUCUCCCCCCUGUCACUGUGGUCUCCAGGAUGAAGCUCAGCCACAGCCUCCAUGCAGAUGACCACACAUCGCACGUGCCUGAGGUCAGCUUCACCUUCCCCAGCGCCGUGUGGCGGAGCAGCCCAGGCUCCAGCAGGGUGCCCCUACUGCCCAGGGACAUCCGAGGGUCCACAGACAGCAUGGGCCAGCACCACAGCCCACUGCCCCCCAGCAACCCCCGUAGGCCCCAGGGCGGCAGCGCCAAGAUAGCAGGAAGACCCAAGUAG